AGGGUAGUCAUGACAUCGGACUUACGAACAAGAGGGAACAACCACACAAAUCUUGAAUAAUCAUCCACCAUAGAUAAAUAGUACUUGUAGCCAAAAUUAGACACAAUAGGAGCGGGGCCCCAUACAUCAAGAUGUAAGACGUCUAAAGGAUAUGGAGCCAUGGACGUCCGAGAGGAAAAUGGAAGGCGACAUGCCUUGCCUUGUGGCUUUCUUCUUGGACGAACUAUUGCUUGUCUUACGACCUUGACAUUGGGAACAUCAAUGGUGGCUCGUCAAGGUCUAAUAGCUAUGGCUGCUCAUCAGAUAUGUAUUCAAGUAUGGUUGGCUGUAUCCCUUUUAACUGGUGCAAUGGCUGCAUCUGGUCAGGCCCUGAUUGCAAGUUACUUAUCAAAAGGUGAAUACAAAAUUGUGAAAGAAGUUGUUGACUCUGUGUUAAAGAUAGGAUUGUUCACAGGUAUUUCCUUGUCUGUAAUUUUGGGAGUACCUUUUGGUUCUCUAGCUACGUUGUUCACCAACGAUCCUGAAGUAUUAGCUAUUGUUAGAUCUGGGAUAUUGGUACGUACUCAAAUUUAUGUUUGGCGGUAUAUUAGUCUAGAUUCAUGCAAAUGCAGAUGUCUUGAACAUAGAUUUUGCAUAUGCUGCUCGCUCCAUGAAGUUGAAGAAUGGACGCAUCGUAUGAGGAGGCUAUCUUCCACCAAAUUCAAAGGCUUAUUUUUGUUUUAUGCUAAUCAGGGACAUGUCGAACUUGAACAAGCUCGAUUUCUCUGCUCUAGAAGUCUCUGGAAGAAACUAUUUGAAGUGGGUUCAAGACGUGAAGCUUCAUCUGACUGCAAAGGGUAUUAGAGCCACCAUUGAAACACCUAUCGCCGACAAACCUGUUGAUGAAACUCAGAAGGCUACUGCAAUAAUCUUCAUUCGAAGACACAUCCAUGAUGCACUGUAGACUGAGUAUCUCGCUGAUGAGGACCCACGCACCUUCUGGCUUGCUCAAGACAUAUACUUGCUUGAAAUAAGACAUGACUGGCAGCAUCUUCGUUUCCAGGACUUUAAGUUCGUGAAUGAAUACAACUCUGAAGUUUGUAGAAUUCGUUCACUGUUGAAAUUCUGAAAAGUGGAACUAACCGAAUCAAUGGAGAAAAUCUAUUCAACCUUCCAUGCCACCAAUAUUGUCCUGCAGCAACAAUAUAGAGCACAAAAAUUCACCAAGUUUUUGGGUUUGAUCUCUGUUUUAGUUAUUGCUGAAAAGCAGAACCAACUUUUAAUGAAAAUCAUCAAGCUCGACUAAUUGGCUUGAACGCCGCGCCUGAAGCGCAUGUGAUUAAUUCUAGCAGCCAUCAAUGACAAAAGAAUCGUCGUAGCCGUGGCAAUGGGAGCAAGCCCCACCACAGACCCAAGGUCAAUAAAGUGUUGCACCUAAAGGAAUAAAUGUGCCCCAGCAUCGUCCAUCACUCGCCUCUAUGACCCUAAACUUCAAAAAGAAGGGCAAAGCUUCUGUUCAACAUGGUUCUACUGAACUAGACAUGUGUUAUCGCCGUGGAUCAAGGGAUCAUUGGUCACGCGUAUACUGAGCUUCCCCUGAGGCUAUUGCCAAGUGUCAUUCCUGUUGUGAGUCUAACUUUGCACAUGUGGAUCGUCUGGAAGAUGCAACUACAUCAAUGGAGAUGUCAUAAUUUCAGGAGGCUCAGCUCCUAUGGAUGAAUAAAUUAGACAUGUUUUUAGGGUGUUUACCGAAUCCACUAGAAGUGGUCAGCCUUACCUCCCCUAUUUUUCUAGGUUUAUGGUUUAAUUUUGAACAAUUUUUCUAAGUAUUUGGAAUAAUUUGUAUGGUUUUGGUUUGUUU